AUGUUCAGGAUCCUCCUUCUGUCUAAGGUGUGUCUCGGCGUCCUGGGGAACUGUGUGCUCUUCCUGGUGUACACAUACAGCUCCGUGCGCCAGCCCCAGCUCCGGAAGCCCAUCAACACGGUUUUCAUGCACCUCACCCUGGUCAACGCCCUGACCAUCAUGUUUGAGUCCACGCCCUUCCUGAUCUCCUCAUUUGGAGUCACAUGUUUCUGGGAUGAUACCACGUGUAUGGUGGUGCUGUACCUGUUCAGGGUCACGCGGGGAAUGUCCAUCUGCACCACCACCUUCCUGAGCGCCUUCCAGGCCCUCACCAUCAGCCCCGCGCAUGCCCGGUGGGCAUGGCUGAAAAGCCGGUCUGCAUCCUGCAUCCUCCCCUCUCUGCUCUCCUUCUGGUUCUUAAACUCUCUGGUCUAUUUCUAUGUCGUCGAACCUGUAGUAUCCAAUUGCAAUUCCACCGCCACCGGCACGGGAUUUUCUCAUCCCUUCUGUCAAGUGAGGUCUGGAAACAACUCAGCACCACUUGUCAGCUCCUUCGUGUUACAAGAUGUUCUCUUCUUAGUCCUCAUGAUCACCACCAGCCUCUACAUGGUGAUUCUCCUCCGUCGACACUGCCAGAGAGCCAGGCACCUCCACAAUGGCAGCCUCACCUCCCAGCCGAGGCCCAAGAACAGAGCCACCAACACCAUCCUGACACUUGUCAGCUGCUUCGUGUUCUUCUAUUGCUGCAACAACAUCGUGACUCUGUAUUCCUUAUACACACACGAGAAGUGGAACAACUCCAAGGGUGCAACUGUGCUGUUGUCAUUUGGUUACCCUACCCUCUGCCCUUUCUUGCUCAUGAAGAAUAACAGAAUGUUUUCACAAUGGACCACUCAUCUUUGGACAAGAAUUACCCAUUGUAAGACAGCAUGA